AUGCAGUCAGCCUCCAUUACAGGUUGUAAAUGGUUAUUUAACAUAUCUGACGCAGAAGCAAGACUGAUAUUUGAAGUAACCAGCAUUUAUGUCGAUUGUGGAGAUACUCUGAAGUUUUAUGAUGGCUCAUCUACCAGUGCCGCCACCUUUGGUACCUCAGUUUGUUGCUCCUCCCUGUCCUCUUGCGGAUCCACCAAACCACCGGAAACGACGACCGGAAAUAGCCUCUUUGUGGAUUUUCUGUCAGACAGAACAGAUAACUCGUAUGAAACUGGGUUUACGUUUACCGUAGUAGUGGGAAAGGAUGAAUCAAAUUGUUCAAUCUCGGGAGCAGUUCACAACAUUGCACUCACAGAACAAAUGACAUUGACCUCUGCGAAUUUUCCCGCGAGCUAUCCACUGAAUCACAAUUGCACUUAUACAUACACCUAUACUGGUGGAUACGUCAAGUUAGAGUUCAUUUAUCUUCGUGUAGAGAAAGUAAAUGGUGUUUGCUACGACUUCAUAGAAAUUUUUAACGGAAGUUCUACCAGUUCACCAUUGAUUGCUAAAGUGUGUGGUGAUACCAUUCCCACAGACACAUAUACUUCCUCUGAUACCUACUUGACGAUCAGAUUUACCAGUGACGACAGGGAGAACAAAAAAGGAUUCUUGGCAUAUGUGGCACCUGUGGAUCACAAAGAGACGUCAAUUGUGAUGGAUGAUACCACAACAGAAUUUAUACUGCCAACAUCAGAAGAAAGCCAAACAUCGAUAUUGCCAACAUCAGAAGAAAGCCAAACAUCGAUAUUACCAACAUCAGAACAAAGCCAAACAUCGAUAUUACCAACAUCAGAACACAGCCAAACAUUAUCAACUACAAAACCCACUUUGACAACGACUUCAGAUAGCGUUUUACAAUCACUGGAUAAAUUCAAGGGUCCGUUUAUUGGUGGAGGUGUGGUACUUUCGCUUAUAAUAAUCACCAUAUUAGUAUUCAUUCUUUCAAGAAACAGUACCAGUCAGCCUAAAUCCAAAGAAAAAGUAAAAGGAGUUGAUUUGCAAAACCUGUUUGGUGGACAACAUGCGACCGAUCCCAGAUUACAUGUACACUUGAGGACCUAUGAAGGAUUCACAUUUUAUUCCCACAAAAAUGAAGAUUGAAAGAAAAACAUAAAAAGCAUUGAAGAUAUCUAUCUUCUGAGCACCCAUCUAAUGUUGCAUUCGAUAUAAUAUACUUUUGUGACUUAAAGAGA